AUGUACAAGGUCAUCGCCGUUGUUGCCUGUUUGGCUGCCGUUGCCGUCGCCAUACCAUACAAGCCGGUAGCAGAGCCGGAGCAUUACGCGGAACCGAAGGACGGCCAUGCACAGUACAAGUUCGAGUACGGAGUUAAGGAUGACCACACCGGCGAUCAUAAGGUCCAGUGGGAACAGAGGGACGGAGAUGUGGUCAAGGGAUCGUACAGCUUGGACGAACCGGACGGUGGCCAUCGGAUCGUUGAAUACCACAGUGACGCCCACGGCGGAAUUCAGAUUCAGGUGAAGAAAGUCGGUGGCCAUGCAUCGGCUCCGGCAGCCCAUCACGAACCAAUUCCAAUUGCUCCGGUUCCGAUUAAGUCCAUUAAGAAACACCGGUACUAA